AUGAAGCGGGGCUACGCGCCGAGAAAUGAGAAGAUGCACUUUGGCAUCCAGUCCGGCGGGCCCAGUGCCUGCAAAUCUAAAAAGGGAGUAGUAGUGCCUUGCUUGCUCGGUCUCCCCAGUGAAAUUCUCACUACUAUCUUUGAAUAUUCUGGUGAAAAGAGCCUCUGUAGUCUGGCUGGGGUGUGCCAGCAGUUCCACGGCAUGGCCGUGGCGCUGCUGUACCGCAACGUCCACCAUGGCAUUCAUACAGAUGAUCCUGUCUACACUGAGAGAUCCCUGGAUCGGUUCACGGCUAUGGUGGAGGUAGUGAGUACUAGCAACCUUCAGUACGCGUCUAGUGUCAAGAACAUUGCUGUGAGGCAUAUCGCGCCCUACGAAUCAGAUAAUAGACAGGGAGGUGUGGUCAAAAGGCCUAGUCAAAGUUACUACACAGGCCGGUAUCUGUGUAGUCUUAUUGCCAUUACUCUGCGGAAGACGACCGGAUUAACUAGCUUCAGUUGGGAUAUUCGUUUGGAGCUCACACCCUCAGUGUACCAAGCGAUCAGCCAAAUUCCUGACAUUCGGGACGUGCAUAUUCGCCUGCCAGCAUGCACAACGCCAGGAGCCACUGAUUCUACGCUUGGACAAAUGCUCCAGACUCCCCAUUACCACUUCCACCAAAAUAAUCCGCCUCCCAGGGAAAUUCGACCCAGUUGCACCGGGGCCGAAGCUCAAUUGCUGAAGGAUCUCGACAAACUUCAGCAUGAACCAACUCUUUCCCUUCUUUCGGGACUAAAGAAUCUCUCGGUGUUGGAUAUUGAGGAUCUGAAACUGGUGUUGCAGCUCCCACAGUGUAUCUCGCAGUGCUCGUCAACGUUGAAGUCUCUCAAGUUGUCGUUUUCGGACGAGCUUGCAAAGUCGGCGCGGAAGAAAACAGCUUCCAAUUCGGCGCCAGACGCGACGACGGCAUUCGGGGAUAUGCUCAAUUUCGCUGCACCCCAGUUCGAAGAAGACCUUCUCUUGGAUCAGCAGGCCACUCCAGCCGAUCCUGCUCUACCCCCAGAUCCCGUGGUCCGAAGGGAGCGCUCCAUUCAGGAGUCAAUUCUGGCGUACAUCUUCAAAGUGGGGGAUGGCGACCGUCGCAACAAGUAUCUGCAGGAAGCCCUGCUGGAAGGUAAUGCCCGCAAAUCGCAGGCGGAGGAUAGUAGCGCUUCGGAAGAGGCAAGGGACCAAAAGUUUCUGAAGUGUGUGCGCUCAAUGGUCCGCGUGCUGCCAAAGAUGAUGGUGCUUAACUCGGAAAAUCCAGCCAUCAUCAACGUACUGCACAAACUCGACCAAGCUGCAACUCAGUAUCUGGUCCGAAAUGCCAAGCAGCCGAGCGAGAACGUUGUUAAAGCGAGCGCCAGCAAUUCUGCCUCAGCCAGUGCUCUCAAGCCUACUCCGUCGAUCAGCGGCAAGACCGAAUUCUCUGUGAGCAAGAAGAAGGAGAAAUGUCCGACCGACGUGAUCGAUAUGGAGCAUCCUGACGUUGUUGAAGAGGAGGGAGAAGAUCAGGUGUUCGUCGAUGAGAGACAGCGGUCAGUCACAGAGGCUAGUGUUCGGGCUUUUGCGCGUCAGCCAGUGCAGGCAGCAAGACCCAGUUCAUCUGCCGAUAAAGGAAAAGGAAAGCAGCCGGUCAGAAAUCCUCCGGUCGAAAAGCGCACAGCAGAAGAGGCGCGAGAGUGCUAUGUUCGCAACACGCAUGGCAUCCCACUGGAAAGCCUUUCAAUCCAUCUCAUUCCAGUGACCGCCGGGGUGCUUAGCAAGGCCGUUGACCUGACCUCUCUCCACCACCUGUCGCUACUCAACGUUGGACCUCAAAGCACACUCUGGGCUUUCCUCAAGCGACUCAACCAGAUCUACCCCCUGCCAUUGACAUCCAUCCAUACGGACAAUGUCACGCCCGCGUUCUGCAGUUUCGUCAACAGCAUGGACAAGAUCACCGAGCUGUUCCUGUUCGAGCGCUACAGCAAAGCCAAGGUAGAGUCGCUGGCCGCCAAGACCACCAUAAGCGCAUUCACCAUUCGCAGAGAGAUCCUACACAAGCACAUGCGCAACCUCCAGCGACUGGUAAUCCGCAACGACGAGAGUGACAGCUGGGCUGCCGACCCAGCGACCAUACUACAGAUCAGCCAGCGGGGAGGCAAGCUGAUCGAGCUCGGCGUUUCGGUGAACAACUGCGGCAUGCACUCUCUCAUGCAACAAAUCGGCAGCUUCUGCUCUCUCAAGGCGCUGCAAGUCUUCUGGUACCGCCAGGACAUGUGCACGACCACGCUACGCGAAGUCCAUCACAGCCUUAUCGACGGCAUCUAUCACUAUUGGCACCUUCGCAUCGAAUACGUGGCCAUGUGCUAUUGCAUGCAUGGACCGAUCGCAAACGGCGCGAUUCAGGUUCGCGGUCGCGUCAGACACCUGAACAAAGCGUGCGCGAUUCUCAAAAAGGAAGCUGCUGCUGAAGAGGCUGCUUCUUCGUCCUCUUCUUCGCAGCCAGCUUCAACUAAUAACGCUCCACACGGCACUAUGUUUCCGAUGGAGAACAGUGAAGGCGAUCCAAUGCCCCUUUUUGGGGUGGAACUGAGCACGCGGGCGUUGCUGAGCAUCGAGGAGAUCAGCGGGGUGAAGAUGUGGGAGAAGGGAGCGUGGGAAAUGAAGUUGUAG